AUGGGUGCUAGGGCGCUCAAGCCGCUCAACUCGCGCAGCGCUCGUCUACGCGGCCGCCAGCGCUCACGGGAGCUAGAUCUGACUAUUUCAACGCCGCCUCGUCCACUACGCUGUCACCGCUGUCGCCGCUCGCCGCACGGCAGUCCCACCGCUUGCAGCCUCACGCAGCCGACGCGGCGACGCGGCGCGAAGAACAAAGCGAUGGUCGUCCGCAUCCGCCUCGCGCGCUUCGGCAGAAAACAUAGACCAUUCUACCGCAUCGUCGUCGCCGACGCGCGGUCGCCACGCGACGGCCGCCACCUCGAGCGCGUCGGGACGUAUGAUCCUUUACCUGGCAAGGACGGCAUCAAAGAGGUGCGGUUGAGAGCAGAUAGGAUCCGCUACUGGAUGGCCUGCGGCGCGCAGCCCACCUCGAAAGUCGCGUGGCUCCUCGGCAAGGCGGGCAUCCUGCCCGAGCAGCCGCGGCCGGAGCCGGUCGUCGCGCCGGAGCCCGCCGCGGCCGCGCCGGCGGCCGAGGCGGCGCCAGCGGCCGACGCACCCGAUGCCGCGCCGGCGCUGGCUGCCGAGGCGGUCGCUGCCGUGCCGCCGGCGCCGGCGGUCGACGCCCCGGCGCAGACGCGCGCGUUUUCGUCGCGGCGACGGCUCGUGCCGCUCGUUGGCGCAGUCGGCGUCUUUCGG